AUGGGUGCAGCCCUGCAGGUGACAGCAUUCGGGCUCGCUCUUCUCUCAACACUCUUCCUGCUCCUGGCCACGUGCACGGACUGCUGGAUGGUCAAUGCUGAUGACAGCUUGGAGGUGAGCAGAGAAAUCACCUGGAAGGUGAGCAGAAAUCACCUGGAAGGUGAGAGAGCAGCCACCUUUAAGGUGAGCAGAGCAACCAGCAUCCUCAAGGUAAGUCACAAAUGCCGGGGCCUUUGGAGGGAGUGUGUCACCAACAUGCAGGACGGGGUCAGGACCUGCGACCAGUACGACUCCAUUCUGGCUGACCACCCAGUGAAGAUCGUGGUGACACGGACCCUGAUGAUCACGGCGGAUCUCCUGGCUGGCCUGGCUUUGGCUACCCUGGUCCUUGGCCUCGACUGCAUCACGUUCCUGAAGGAAGAUCCUUGUGUCAAACUGAAGAUGUGCUACGGAGCUGGGGUCAUGCUUGGUGCUGGGAGCAUCCUGGGACUGACGGGCUCCAUGUGGUAUGCAGUGGAUGUCUACAUGGAGAGGGCCAUGCUGGUGUCACACAAUAUAUUCCUGGGAGUCCACUAUGACUUUGGGUGGUCGUGCUGGCUGGGGAUGGCCGGCUCCACUGGCUGCUUUGUGGCAUCUGUCCUGCUGACCUGCUGCCUCUAUGCCUGCACAGCCCCCAGCAGCCGCUGUCAGCCCCAGAGGCACCCCCAGCCCCGGGGCCGAACAGCCACCAGCCAGAUGUAUGCCAUGGAUGCCCGUGUGUGA